UGCCAUCUAGUUUGUGUUACUAUUUGUAGGCAGUCCGACAUAAAAUAUGUCGCGGGACAUCUGGAGGGGCAAAAGUUAUUCGCUAUUUAGUUAUAUCUCGCCAAGCCCACCAUCCGAACAGAAACAAUUCGCAUUUUGAACCCCUUAUAACCAGCCCUCUUACUAUACUGAUCAUAAGUUGCCCUCUAUAUACCUACCUCCAACCUUUUCGACAAUAAAGAAGAGAAAAGAAGUGAAUCAAAAAAAGCAAGGAAAAAAAGAGCCGCGAUCAUGACCCUUGCCGCCAUUACCUACACCCGCGGCUCCCUCAGCAUUCUCAACCAACUCCUCCUCCCCCACCAAACCACGUAUGAUCCCCUCCACUCCGCCUGCGAUGCCUGGCACGCCAUCCAUGAAAUGCGCGUCCGUGGCGCACCUGCCAUCGCCAUCGUCGCCGCCCUAUCACUCGCCGUGGAGCUAGAUGCAUUGGCGGCCAAUAAUCAGCUCUCCCCGGAACCCAAGGAGGUCGAGGUGUUUAUUCGGGAGAAAUUGGAGUAUCUGGUGAGUAGUCGACCGACGGCGGUGAAUCUAGCGGAGGCGGCGGGGAGGUUAGGUGGAAUUGUUAGUGCUAAGGCGGAGGUGCGGGGAGUUGAUGGGAGGGAGGUGGCGGAGGCGUAUAUUGCGGCUGCCCAGAGGAUGUUGGAGGAUGAUGUAAAGGAUAAUAGGGCCAUUGGGGAGUUUGGAGCCAGAUGGGUCUUGGAAAAUGGGGUGGCUACGGGGUCAGAGUCAGGGUCGGAGAAGGGGAAGGUUGCGGUGCUCACCCAUUGUAAUACUGGCUCCCUUGCUACGGCCGGCUACGGCACAGCCUUAGGUGUCAUCCGCUCCCUGCACGCCACCGGCUCCCUCGAGCGUGCCUACUGCACAGAAACCCGCCCGUACAACCAAGGCUCUCGCCUCACCGCCUACGAGCUCGUCCACGACAAAAUUCCCGCCACUCUCAUCACAGAUAACAUGGCUGCGGCCCUCCUUGCACGCAAUAGGGCAGGCUCAGCAGCAAGUGUGGGCGUAAGUGCCAUCAUCGUCGGCGCAGACCGCGUGGCCGCCAAUGGCGACACGGCGAACAAGAUCGGGACGUACGGCUUGGCUGUCCUGGCGAAAUAUCACGGUGUCAAGUUCCUCGUCGCGGCGCCGCGGACGACGAUCGAUAUGAAUACGAAGACCGGUGCAGAUAUUGUUAUUGAGGAACGGCCCAAGCAGGAGGUGACGCGGGUUCGCGGGCCGCGGGCUGGAGAAGAGGUGGAUGGACUUAGGGCUAUGGAGACCAUCACCGUCGCGGCUAAUGGGAUUGAUGUGUGGAAUCCGGCGUUUGAUGUUACGCCUGCGGCGCUUAUUGAUGGGAUUAUCACGGAGGUUGGGGUUGUGGAGAAGGAUGCGAGCGGGGCAUUUCAUCUGGCGCGGAUUUUUGAGUGAGGGCGACGUCAUUCAUUGCCCGGCGUGUUAUUUUUUAUUGUUGUUCAUGUUAUCUCCAGUAUCUGUCCGAUUUUCGGGUUUGGAGUUUGUACUCGACGCGCCACGAGUGCCAUCUGAAUUUCCGGGCUGUUCGAUGGCAGCCAGAAGACUUUCUAUUUUCUCCUCCAGACUGGCGAGAUGGUGCUCAAGGGCUGAGGCUGUUCUUUCACCACUGUAUACCCAUAAAUAUGCAUUAGUUUAGAUUUUAAUAUUUUUUCAUUGGCCAUCAAGGCGUGCAGUUCGUCAAUCGAAGUGUCGUCUAUGGAGAGGGCUGUACGGACUCUGCGAUAUCUUUGAAUGCCUGUCAAGCUGUGAGAAAGGAAUAUGGAAGUGAAGGAGAUACCAAAAGACCAGAAGGGAAACCCGGGGGCUAAUAUUUACCUGAGCGAGAUGGGACUCGGGGGACUGAUCCCUAUCAGUAGCCGUAGUCUCGUUUGUCGGCAUGGUGGUGAUACUCUCGCGCUAGGAUAUAGACAAGAUCUGUUGCAACUGUAUCUCCGUCACCUCUCGCGAUGGUUGUUUUCGAAGCGGAACACAGAAGCUGACCCGGGGAAUCACAUGAUCCGUAAUAAUACGGUACUGAUACCUAACAUGCGCGAUUACGUCAUCGCCAAGACAUUUCCCCAGUUAGGAAAUUCCAACAGCAGCGGUUGU